UGGCGGCAGUGCAGCGCAUGUCGUGGGUCCCAUCCUACGUGUGGCUCUGUCCCAUGCUGCUGGCCCUCUGGGUAGGGUCUAGCCCCAGAGACCCCAGGGUCAGGGGGCGCAGCUGAUCCCAGUGUGGGGGCAAGGCCAGCCCCUCUCCACGCUGACCCCUCUCUUCUCCCCCAGGCUACUGAAUGCAGAGGACGGUGGCAGUUGUUGGUGGUGGGAUCAGUGGCCUCACCGCCUGCUACCACCUGGCCAGGAGCCCCAGUGCUCCCAAGAUAAUCCUGCUGGAGGGUAGCAGCCGCCUGGGGGGCUGGCUCCAUUCUACUCGAACUGAGGACGGGGCCGUAUUUGAGCAUGGUCCCAGGGGGAUCCGACCUGUGGGGACCGUGGGGAAGAACACUCUGCUCAUGGUCUCUGAACUUGGCCUGGAUGCAGACGUGCUUCCAGUGCCCGGCGACCACCCGGCUUCCAAGAAUCGCUACCUCUACGUGAGCAGGGCGCUGCACAGGCUGCCAUCCGGCAUUGGCGGUGUUCUGCGGACAGUGCCGCCCUUCACCAGACCCCUACUCUGGAGUGGGCUGCGUGAGCUGGCAGCCCCCCGGGGCACCCAGCCGGAUGAGACCAUCCACAGGUUUGUGAGCCGCCGCUUCGGAAAGGAGCUGGCCGACAUCGCCAUUGACAGCCUGUGCCGGGGGGUGUUUGCUGGAGACUGCCGGGCCCUGAGCAUGCGCUCCUGCUUCCCCGCGCUGUUUGAGGCUGAGCAGAGGUGGCGCUCUGUCAUCCUGGGGAUGGCCCUGGGUGGAGGGAAGGGCCCCGCCCUGGACUCGGCGCUGAGCCGCAGGGCCCGCGACGAGCGCUGGAGCCAGUGGUCGCUGCGUGGUGGCAUGGAGACACUGCCCGAGGCCCUGCAGGACUUCCUGAGACGGCGUGGGGUGGAAAUGCACUGCCAUGCCCGGCUGCGGAGCCUGGAGAGAACGGCAGCUGAGUGCUGGCAGAUCACCCUGGAGGAUGGCAGUGUGAGAGCAGACCAUGUGAUCAGUGCCAUCCCAGCCAGAGCUCUGGCCGUGCUGCUCCCCGGCUGGGCCGAGCCGCUGGCCCAGGAGCUGCGCAGCAUCGAGGCCGUGUCGGUGGGUGUGGUGAACCUGCAGUACAAUGGUGCCACGCUGCCUAUCACGGGGUUCGGGCACCUGGUGCCCUCAUUCGAAGACAGCUCCCUGCUGGGCAUUGUCUACGACUCAGUCGCCUUCCCGGAGCAGAAUGGCAGCUGUGGCCCUUCCGUCCGGCUCACGGUGAUGCUGGGAGGUGCGUGGUUCGAACAGGGCUUUGGGGACCCAGACACGGUGCCACAAGCUGUGCUGCUGAGCCGUGCCAAGGAGGCAGUGAGGGCACACCUGGGCAUUGUGGCCGAGCCCUCCCGCACAAUCGUCAAGGUGCUCAAGGCCUGCAUCCCCCAGUACAUGCUCGGCCACUGGCAGAGGACAGAGAGCAUGAGCCGUUACCUGGAGCAGGAAGGAUUACCGCUGAGCCUGAUCGGGGCCUCCUACCAGGGUGUCUCUGUGAACGACUGUAUCUACAGUGCCAAGAUGGCCGUCACCCGGCUCCUGGACCAGGCCUGCUGAUCUGCCACUGGGCACCCACCUCUUGAACUAACUCUGCUUUGAGCAGAGAACAGUGGAGCCCCCUGCCAGGCAACGGGCUCUCACAGUGCGAGGAGAGGCUGCCUCCUCUGAGGGCACUGGGGCCUGGAUUCCUACCCAAGGUGGGUGGGUCUGGGGCCCCCUUGUGAUAGAGGGACAUCCCCAGAAACAGUGUGUGUGGAGGCUGGGAAACUGACUCUCAGCAGCUGCAGCCUGGGUUCUUCCCAGCAGUGGUCAGGUACCAGCUCAAGGGAGGGGCUGGGCUGGCUUGUCUCACCCAGACCCUUCCUUCCCCACCCCCAAGGCUCCCCUCCAACCAGCCCUUGGCCAAGCCUCUCCCUGGCUGGUGUGGUUCAUGCCACCAUUGUGGAGCUCACUGUGUUUAGGGGGAUUGGCUAUGACCCCUGCACUGCAGCUCCCUGGAGAGGCCCUGCACCUCAGGCUCUGUCAUUGACUAAUAAAUCCCCCCAUGGCUGGGUUA